AUGACGCGCCGCCUGGUGUACGGUAUUUCUCUGUGGGUCUUUUUGGGCGCUGCAGCUUGCGGAAUCGCAGCCAUCGCUCUGCCCAACUGGAUUUCUUACACCGCCGGCGACGAUAUCAAAGUGAAUUACGGCCUGCAUAAACGCUGCAGCAGCAUCACUGGCAAAUGUCUGCCCUUUCCACAAUACGAGGACUGUCACGGUGACGACCGUUCAUUCUGCGCGAAAUGGCGGACAGCGGGGUUCUUCAUGAACUUCUCCGUCGUCUUUGAGCUCGCCUGCGUCGUGGCAUACAUUACGGUGCUGUUUGGUGGAAGAUCUGUGCGGGAGUCGGGCUGGAAGAUGCUGGCGGGUCUGCUAUCCACCGUCGCAGCGUCGCAAAUGAUCGCCAUGGCUUUGAUCGCUGCACUUUACGAAAACGACAAGCGAUUCUUCGUGGGUUGGGAGCUCGACAAGUCCUGGGUACUCUGCACAGUAUCAUGGAUUGUCCUCGCAGUCGAUGCGAUUGGCAUAACGGCAGCUGCCUUUAUACUACCCAGCGAUGACGACUACGAACCUAUACCUGAUUAUCCGCAAUAA